AUGGGGAGAGAUGAAACAGAGACGUGCAUUUCAGUACCAAGCUUCUUCAGGUGUCCUAUAUCUCUCGACGUGAUGAAAUCUCCCGUUAGUCUCUGCACCGGCGUUACCUACGACCGUGCAAGUAUCCAGAGGUGGCUCGACGGUGGCAACAACACUUGUCCCGCCACUAUGCAGAUUCUCCGAACUAAAGAUUUCGUUCCUAACCUCACUCUUCAACGGCUUAUCAAAACCUGGUCCGACUCCGUCGGCCGUCACGCCGGUGGCUCUCCGCCUCGAGGGAUUUUCACGGUGGAAGAAGUGAAUGAGUCGUUGAAGAGACUGAGUCUCGAGAAGGAUGAUAACAUUCGCUUGGAGAAUCUUUCGAGAAUCGUUAGAUUCGCGAAAGACUCCGACGAGAACAGAGAGUUUCUCUGGAGGGAAAAGAAUUUCGUGACAAUGCUCGUUGAUAUCAUCGCCGCCGUGGACGGCGGAACACGCGCGACGGCGAAGAUUAAGUUAGGUUUGCUGGCGAUUAUGAUUUUGGAUACUAUAAUCAAGGGAAGGAGUGAGAGAGAUCGUGAACGGUUAUGGAAUCUGAUGUUAACGGACGUUGGCCGUUGCUUAACGGCGCUUCUCCUCGCGAUUCAGCGCGGGAAUCUGGAGACUAAAAUCGAGUCCGUUAGGGUCUUGGAGAUGAUCUCUUUCGACGCGAAGUCAAAAGAGAUCAUCUCAGAACGGGAAGGGAUGGUCUCGGAGCUGAUCAAAUCAAUCAGCUCCGAGACGGAUGCUUCUUUGAUGGAAGCGAGUUUAUCAUUCUUAAUCACAAUCUCGACAUCCAAACGAGUGAGAUCGAAGCUAAUAGCUGAGAAAGCGAUCACGAAGAUCAAAGACGUUCUCCUAACGGAGACAACGACCGUUUCCGUGACGGAGAAGGCGCUGAAACUGUUGGAGACGUUGUCUUCAAAGCGGGAAGGUAGAUCGGAGAUUUGCGGCGGAGACGGAGGGAGGUGCGUGGAAGGAGUGGUGAGGAAGCUGUUGAAAGUCUCGACGACGGCGACGGAGCACGCGGUGACGAUUUUGUGGUGUUUAUGCUAUGUGUUUAGGGAGGAUAAGAAGGCGGAGGAGACUGUGGUGAGAUGUAACGGCGUUACGAAGUUGUUGGUGGUGAUUCAGAGUAGCUGCUCGUUGAUGGUGAGACAGAUGGCGAAAGAUUUGAUAAAGGUUUUGAAAGUGAAUACAUCUGCGUCUGCUUUGUCUGCGUACGAGACGAACACUACUCAUAUUACGCCGUUUUGAUUUUUUACUGUUAAAAGGAUAUAUAAAUGUUAGUAUUAAAGUAUUUUCAACGUAGAUAAUGUAAAAUCAUAAGAUUAUUUUUGCUAGUGUGAUCAAUUUUGCUAAUAUACAAGAAAAUUCUUAAUUUGUUAUUUUCAGAACACUGUUUUCUAACAGUAAAAAUGGUUAAAAGAUCAUUUUUUGUGUUAUAUUUUGUAUCAUACUUAAAAAAAAAAGUAAUUCGAAGAGGCAUAAUUUUAUCAGAUUUUAAAAUUAGUAUAUGAUAAUAUUGUAAAUUUUGUAACUAGACUAGAUUAGCUGAGGCGGUAUAUGAAAUUAUAUUGGCUAAAAC